AUGAGAAAAGGGUAACUUCAUUAUACUGAGCUCUUGACUGCCGCCUUAGUAUUCUUGUAAAUGCAAGGAUUUUUGGCAAGAAAUGAAGCAAGCCCUCUUCUUGAUACACUUAGUGAUUGCAAGAAAUUAGCAAUAAACUUCGAUUAUACAUAUUUCAAUCUUGGAUCAACAAUCAAAGAAUAAUACCCCUUUGGAGCUGGAGAGCUAAGUGAACUUAUAACUUGCGAUAAUGUUGGAACUUGUCCUGAUGGAAUUAUCAGAAUAUCUUGUUCUUGGAGACGAGCAUUUGGAGUCUGGUGCCUUGAUAAGACAGCUACGUAACCUGUGAGAAUAAGAAUACUAACUAAUUCGCUUCCAAAUCAUUGUUAUUAUUCAAGCACUGACCCUCCUCUAGGAGAUACAGUGUCUUAUAAUUUGGUAGGAUUCGAAGUAAAUUUCAACAUGGAAGCUAAGAAAAUGUCAAAAGCUCUGAGUUUGAAAUAAGGUAAAUAAUUCUACAAUACUGAAAUCAUGGAUUAUAACACAAUGGAUUUAUUUUAUUGCAACUCUUUGUGGGCCAGACAGUCAACUCUUGAUAAAGCCCUUUAGUAUGAAGAUGGAAUUUCAACUAUUGGAGCUGAUCCUCCCCCAGCAUUCCUUAACUGGGAACUAAGUCAAGACUGGCCUUUGAUGAAUUUGCCUAAUUCCAAUUCAAUUGUUGGCGUGGCGAUGAACGGAGUAUUUUUUUUUACAAGUGCAUCUGAGUUUAAGUUAGAUCCAUUUUAUCCUAAAUAAAAUGGUUUGAAGCUUAAAGAGUAAAAAACAAAUGUGGAUUCUUGCAUGGGUACUGCGACAAGCUAUUCAACCUAUAUGUAUCAAAUAUUUACACCUUGCAUGUUCAAAAUGAACAUUGACAGAAGAGUAUCAUAAUGCUCAUAGAUAAAAAAUUGUUCAGAUAAUGCAACUAACUACAUUGUAUCUAAUACAGAUAUUGGGCUAAAAACAAUAGCCCCAAUUGGUAUUGCAAGAGAUGGAAGAGUAAUAUAUGGACCCUACAGAUGGGACGGAAAUCUUUGGCAGCCUUGCGAUGUUGAUGCUGCUGGGGUCCAGGAAAUCAAGGUAUUGACAUCGAAUCAAGUUGUUCUUACAAUUCUCGAAAGUGUACUUAGAGCAGCCAUUCAGUUAAUCUCAAACAAAGCUCAAUGA